UGUAACUUUCAAAAUGGCGGAAUUAUUACUAGAUUCAGCGAUUCGUGUUUGGGUAAUUUUACCCAUUGUAAUGAUAACAUUUUUUGUUGGAAUUAUUCGACAUUAUCUUUCGAUACUUCUACAAACCACCAAAAAAUUAGAAUUGGAACAAGUCAGCGAUAGUCAAGUUUUACUUCGAAGCAAACUAUUAAGAGAACAUGGUUGUUACAUUCCUCUACAGGCAUUUCAAAUGAGACGUCAUUUUUUCAAUGAUGAAGAGGAGGGUUUUUUCAAAACACAAAAGAGGAAAGGUGCUGCAAAGAACCCAAUUUCAGAUCCCACAAUGAUGGUUGAUAUGGCUAAAGGAAACAUCACUAAUGUUUUACCAAUGAUUAUCAUUGGAGGAUGGAUCAACUGGCAAUUUUCUGGAUUCAUCACAACCAAAGUUCCAUUUCCUCUAACAAUUCGUUUCAAAGCGAUGCUUCAAAGAGGAAUUGAUCUGGUCUCUCUUAAUGCUUCAUGGGUCAGUUCCGUCUCGUGGUAUUUCAUAAAUGUUUUUGGUUUGCGCAGCAUGUAUUCGCUCGUCUUGGGUGAAAACAAUGCGGCAGACUCAACUCGGGCAAUGCAGGAACAGAUGCAGAUGUCAGGUGGAGGUAUGCCUCCCGAUCCUGCUAAAGCAUUCAAGGCAGAAUGGGAAGCUCUAGAGAUAAUAACACACGAAUGGCGUUUAAGCAAUGUCGAAGAAAAGUUAAUGGAAGAAUAUGUAAAUGAUACCUUUCUCGAAAAGGAUAAACAUGCUUAACUACAAACUUAAGUAAUUGUUCUUGAGUACAUUUGGUUCAAUGCUUCAUUUCAUGAUCGAUUAUAUCAAAACUAUUAACUAAACAUCACGAAUCAAUCUUGUAUGUUGUAUGUGAUAAACUUUAUGCGGACCUCAUCAAUUAUUGCUCAACCCUUACGGAACAAGUACAUUAGCUAGAAAGAUCUUGCUAUAAGUGUGCACUUGGUAACAUGGGACGAAAUAAGAGCUUUUGGGCUCUUCACCCCGGCUUCACUUGCCGGCUAAAAGUUUUUGUUCUAUAAAUUACGUUAUUGCUAUAUAGCAAAUACAUAUAGCGCCGAAUUGUUGUCAUGUGAUGUGCAAUAAGCAUUAAGUUUGCAUAGAUAGAAGCACUAUCGGCUAGGUAAAGUUGUCGUUUUUCCAGCACUUCAUUGUCCUAUAGUGAUUUGCUUCGUUGACAUUUGUUGCUCUGCAGAGUUGCAUGCAGAUUACACUUUGCCCAUAUACGUGGCGCUUUUUGUUUUCCUUGAUGUUGUCGUUCUCCAAUUUUAGCUUUAUGGUAAACAAAUGUUGCUGAAAUAGGACAUUUUUGUUAUUCUUGUUGUGGUUGUUGUGCAAUAUUGCGUGGUGAACGAGUGAACUUUGUUCUAGUAUUUUGUGGUUAGCGUAUUGAUGUUUCUCAAUUGUAACCUUUUCUUUGUGCUUGGUUUUGUUGCUUAUAAAUGGUGACAAAUCGAUAAACUUUGCUCACAUAGAAAUUUUACUUGUUCUUAUGCUUGGUAUUAAAAUGAUUCAUUCUAUAUCAAUAAAUGAGGCCUAGUCCUGAAUAUUUACUUCGUGCUCUUUAACAAUCAUUAAAUUGUUUUAUAAUAUAUAACCAGUGCUUGAGUGAAUAUUCUUCAACAAUUUUAGCAACCGGCUCAAUUUCAAGUGCUUGCAUAAAGAAUACAACGGAAAUGUAUUUAGGUACUUUUAUAGGUCGUUUUGUCAUGAGUAAGGUCUUGUAGAUAGCUUUCUUGACUGACUUGGCCAUUAAAGUAUGGCUUUCAAAGCCAUCCAUUUAUAGUUCGAACAUAGUCCUAUUUAACUCAAAAGGAAAAUUCUUUCACGUGGAUAUCCAUUAUUCAUGAACUUAAACCAUUUAGGUAAAAGUAUGAAAGUAAAAGAAUCAGUGUAGUUUAUGCGAACGUCUUGCGUGUACUGACUGUACUACGGUGGUCGACGAUUAUGAUGUCACCUUAUAAAGUUACUGUUUUUGUCGUCGUUUUCUGUGGCUUGUCAGCGUAUUGUACUGCGGAUAUUGAAGCGUUUGUGAAAUUUAGUUUGACAACGACGACAUGCACCAAAGUGUCUCCUGUACGAGAUGUUUGCAAUGUCAAUUGGCUCGUCAGGAAUGUCGAUGCAGAGCAGUAUGAUUCUUUAAUCAAGGGGAUUAAUGAAACAAUAUCUUUAAAAGUGUUGUAUCGGGGCUUAAUCGAAAUAGAGAAAAUACACUGUCGGAGAAUGUACGAAAACAUGAUGUGUAAGAGCUUCUUUCCUGUGUGUGAUAAAGAUAGAAUGGUCAUCGUUUACGGUAAUGGAACAGAAAGAUGCAACUUUGCAAGAGAAGCUUGCCCUACUGUCGAAAUUGCUAACUGCCAAUCGGCGCCAGUUUUUGAAGAAUCGAUAAUUCCGGAACGAAACGAGUGCGUUAACAUUACAGCUGUAACAUCGAGUAUUUGCCCUGGCGCCGAGGUCAAAAUGAAGAAGUGUGAAAUGAAGUCGCUUUGAAUAGUAUGCUGUAAAAGAUUUUUCCCUCCUACAUGUAGCUAUUAUGAUCGUACGUAGAAAGAAAAGCAUCGCAACAUGUCAUGUUUAAAUUAUAUGGUCUCGUUGAAUAUUCCAGAUUCUUCUUUGCCACAUAUUAUCUACAUGCAUUUUUUUACUGUUGUAUUUGGCACACAAGUCUUGGGUGUGGAUGCUAUGUACAAUACAUGCACGACAGCUGUUCACAACGAUCUGCCACGCAGCUACGUUUUUUAAAUUUUUUCUAUCUCUUUGCGUUGCACGCUUUCAAUACGUGGUAUGUAGCUUUCGUGGUGCGGAAGUUGAAUAUCUUCUCAUUGGGUGACGUACAUUAACUGUUGUGCUCUCAGUUUGUGUUCGAACAUGCCGAGCGUUUACGACUCUUAGCAUAGGAAAGUAUAGAAUUUUCUACGCGGUAGAAUGUUGAGGAAUUUCAAGAUCUCGAUGCUUCUCAAAGAUUUCUUUAUGAGCUUUCAAUGGUCCAUGACGAUUUUUAUUUUUUGUUUUCAAUUUUGGAGGACAUUUUUAGAUUGUGCACAGGUUUAAGGAUUGCUAUUUAUAGAACCUAUACUCAUCUAUCUAAUUCAUUGGAAAUAACUACAACAAUUUAUCCCGUGUAUAAACUUUAUCUUAAUCUAAAUCUUGUGAAAAUGCAUUUGUUUAUCACAUUUGCACCUCAAAAGCGCAGCCUUUGAAUUGUCGAGAGCGAAGUUUAAAAUAGGCACCAAAAGCGUACCUUCGAAUCACCGAUAAAACCGUGAAGGACUUAUUGAAAAAGGCGGAAAUGUUUUCAAAGGAGAUGAAAAAUAACUCAAUCACUGCAAACUGUGAAGCAAAUUAUCGAGAAGUUUUAUGUCGUCUUGUUGAUUCCUGUUCUAGAGAUGGUUUUCAAUACCUUCAAUACAUCAACGUAUCGGAGUGCGAGAGAAUGAUUUCAUGUGUGAAAAAUGCCGGCUUUUCCGAGGAAAUUACGUCUGUGUGCGCUAGUAUACUCAGCACAGAAGCAGCCGAAAGUGUUCGUGCUCCAAAUCCAUAUGUUCGACCAAAGAUAUCCAUUUUGACACAAAGAAAUUUACCAAAGCUGACUUCCAUCAUGACGCAAAAAACUUCCCAAAAGCCGACUUCAACUGGUACCGGAAGACCCUCAUCAAUGGAGACUUCGUCUGGUACUCAAAGAACUUCAUCAAUGCUCUCUUCCAGUUUGACACCAAGUCCUACAUCCAGCACUGAAGCGUCAGCCAUUGUAACAACGGAAGGAGAUGUUAUUGAAACUUUGGAGAAACGCAAUACAGAAGUCGUGCUUCAAGAAGUCUUGAAAUUGAACAAUAAAGACGAAAAUUUGUGCAAUAGUGCAACAACAAAUUCUCCUGGUCUGUUAAUCUCAUCAAUGUUUUUGGUCGUUUUAUUUUUAUAUCAAAAAUCUACUCGAUGAGAUUAUUUUAUCUUGCGUCUGUCAAGCGUGGAUUAUUUAUAAUUAAAUGUUUUUAAGACAUUAACACAAAGUUUGUGUAUAACAAGAAUAAAUGUUUGUAUACUAUUAAUUUAAGAUCAUUUGUAAGCCGUGCGCGUGGGCAGAUUAUAUCAUCAUGUUACAUCAGUAAAAACUAAGAUGACUAAACCUGGCGUUGGAAGCCGAAUAGAUUAAAUACGAUAAUUGUA